AAAAGGCAGCCUUCUUCAGUUGCCCGCCAAACGUGGAAUGAACAAGUCCUGACUGUUCUUUAGUACCGUGUUGCGUGGACUCGUGUGACUUACUAAAAACGAUAGAGAAUUGUUUGAAAACAAAACUGAAUUCGGAAGGUGCGGUACUUUGUAUACACUGAUUUAGUGAGAGCAGCUACAAGUGCACCAACUGGAACGUUAAGCGUCGACUGAAUAACUGCAAUUUUCUGUCAAUUACUAAAAAGUAUUGAAUUAUAAAUUCCGAAGUCAUAUAACAUAACAAUUCAUAAACUCAACGCGAAGGAGGUGAUGUUGUGUGCAAGACUUGAAAUUUGCGUGCAGUGAACUGUGAAAAUCCCGACAUCUCAAAACGAGAGCUAAAUUUUAAAAAUCAGAUCAUGAAUUUCACAAGUGACAAGUGGCAAUAAAUCCAAGUGUUCAGUCAAGCCAAUGAAUAACUGAACUAUACAAACAUGCUGCAUCUCAGUGAAAUCCCCAAGGGCACAGGAGCGAUAGGCGGGUGGCGCUGGGUGUGGACUGCAACGGCUGUCUUCUUCUUCGCCAUUUGCCUCACCUCCAGCAGCGCCCUCUCCGAGAGGCAAAGUCCGUCCUCCCCACACUACAGACGAAGGGGUAACGACAGACACCUCGGGUCUCCAGCAAUAACCACAACCAUCAUUGCUGUGCAAGAGAGUCGUCUGCCACCACUCGCAGACGACGCUGACGAGGAGGAACCUCUGGCGUUCACCACUUCCCCAGCCCCUGCCGACACCCUCAACAGUCCUCUUCAAGUUUCUUACCUCCCCGUGACCCCCAGCAUUUCCCCUACCUCCAGAGGGACGGUCCAGGGGAAGGCAUUCGUGAGGCCCCUUCGAAGGAGGUUCAGUCAGAGAAACCAACAGCUACUCAACAAAAGGCCCUACGACACCAGAGGCCCCUGGAAGAGCGACAGCGAAAGGGGCUUACUGAGGUGGCCGCUGCAGGUCCUACAAGAGGUCAACGGAAAUCACCCUAAAAAGGACACCAACGCCGAGGACACCGACAGAACCUUACGUUGGUGGGUGACCAACGAGCCCCAACUGACACUGACGGCCCCUGAGACCACCCAAACCCAGAGGCCUCAAAGGUACAACGUCCAACAAAUUCAGAUUCCGCGGACGACCCACAUCAUCAGCCAGGGGAGUCAGGAGAGAGACGCCCCAUUCCAUAACCAGCUGGAGGAGAGCCAGCAAGUGGAGGGACCUCCCCCUCGAGCGACCCCUCCGUCUUCCUCUCCCACAAUUCAGCCUCCUCCUCCUCCUCCUCCUCCUCCUUUCCCCGCACCCACGACGCUGGCCGAGGACCCAGCUGUCCUGCAAGCCCCACACGACCUCCUAACAAUCAAUGACCUCAGACAACCCCGAUGGUUCACGCUGGAUCGCUUCUUCAGGAUGAUCACAGUGGGUGUUGACGGGGAGUGCGAGGGCGGGGAAGGGCGGCUGGGUGUUUGCAUGCUCGAUGGGGCGUGUCGAGGCGCCGGAGGCACGCCUACCUCUUCCUGCAUCUACGGAUACGGAAACUGUUGCAUAGAAUACAAAGCCAGCUGUGGACUAGAUGUCCGAGCUAACAGGACCUACUGGGUUUCUCCACCUACAGGAACCCACCCAGUGGUCACUAGGGGUGGGUCAUGCAUCCUGAGAGUCUUCAAGACGUCGUCAAACAUCUGUCACAUCAGACUCGACAUGAGGUUAUUCAAGCUGCUGGGUCCACAGCAAGGAAGCUGCCUCCGGGACCGAUUGGUUGUAUCUGGUCACAACAUCAAUGCCUUCAUCCCAAAAAUAUGUGGUGAAAACAAAGGCCAACAUAUGUAUAUAGAUGUUGACACAGUAAUUGGUCCAAUUGAACUCAACAUCAACACUGUAGGAGAUGGCUUCACAAGAAACUGGGAGAUUCUGGUAACUCAGAUUCCAUGUAGCAGUCCUCAAAGGCCCCCCGGAAACUGCCUCCAGUACUACACAGGACCACAAGGCACCUUCUCUUCCUUCAACUACCUACAAGGUGGCCCAUCUCAAUACUUGAAUAAUCUCAACUACGCUGUCUGUCUGCGCAAGGAAGCAGGAUUCUGCUCCAUUGUAUAUGAAAACAAAGUGAAUGGAGUUAAACAAGACUUCGAAAUUGUUAAUUUCAGGAUUGGGCCUACAGGUUUAGCGACUUCAGUGGUGCCUGUAGGAGAAGCGGCGUUGGUCUAAUACCAGUGCCCUGAUGAUUACCUGGUAAUGGCAGGGACCAGACUUUGUGGAGAUCGUCUCAAUGAUGGAUCCACAAAUCCACAACCAACAAACAGUGCCCCAGUUACAGAUUCUACCAACGGUCCAUUCACUGUACAGUUCAUCACCAAUACUGAGAGCGUAGGACAAGGUUUCAGACUACAUUAUCAGCAGUAUCCAUGCUAAUCAAACCACUGUAAAUAUUACAGUAAGCCUAAAUGUGAUAAACCUAGUGAUACUUGAAGAUAUUUAUAAGCUACUUCAGUAACCUGUUUAUGUCCCAUUUCACAGCAGUACAAAGAUUGGUUUAAUUUCUUAGACGUAUAAUAAAUAGUUAUGCCAGUAAAGUUUAGCCAUAUGGAUUAAGUCCACUGUAUCAUACAUGUUCAUUACUUUUAAAUACAGUUUGGGUAGAUC